GUCAUCACAAGUUUCUAUCGUUAUCGAAAGCAGCUUGAAACGUGCGGUUGAUAUUAUUUAUUUCGAAGAUAAACAAAAACAGGCAACCUGGAAUGAAAUUCGCGAUCGAGAGCAUCAGCAAGAAGUCCGGAAGAUUGGGACAACUUCGGAUCAAAGAUGCAGGACCCGAGUUGAGGACUCCGCUCCUUUUGCAAACGACGAAAGGCGGCAGCGUUCCGUGGUUAAGCGCAGAUGUUUUUGAGACUCAUGUCAGCCGAAAGCCACAGGUGCUCCAAUUUACUCUUUCCACCAUGGACCAAAUGACUGAGGCUUUAGCGCAGUGGAAUAGUGGUGGAGAUCGCGGAGUUAGUGACUACGUGGGAUUCCCAGGACACCUAAAUGUCCUCUUGCUGCGGGAUCCUUGUGAAAUAACGCCUUCCGGUGGCAACGACAGGGACAUACAGCCACUUUUCACGAGAAGAGGCAAGGAAUCCCUCAGUCCCGAACGCUACAUGGAAAUGGUGGCUAGUUUUAAGCCGGACAUCUACCAAGGACUUUGUGAUGCGGACACAAAUUUGGAUAGUGCCAAGAAGCGGGUUCAGAAAUCGGUGGAUAGAACAGAAAAAUUUAUGCGCUACAUAUACGAAAACCGCAGCAAGGUAGAGUCCACUCUGCUGGCUCCCAUAGUUGGUGGAUAUAACACCUUUGCCCGGACGCAAUCCAUCAAACAUGCGCGGGAACAACCGGCUGGUACUUACGGAGGUUACAUCUUUGAGGGAUUUCAUACGAAUGGUUUGUCUGCCACCACUUUGGAACCUUCCAAGCUACUGCCAGUUGUGGAGCACUGCGUUAAGCAGCUUGAGGAGGAUAAGCCUCGGAUAAUGCCAGGUGCUUUUACACCUUUAACCACUUUGGAGCUUAUUCGCCAGGGAGUUGAUGUGUUCGAUACAUCCUACGCCUACUGUGCUUCCCUGAACUUCAAGGCGUUGACUUUUAGCUUUGUGAAUGAUGAAGUGGAGCAUUUGCCUUUCAUGGACAUAACUGAUGAAGCUAAUAAGGAGGAUUUUUCGCCGCUGCUGAGUAACUGCAGCUGUUUAACUUGCCAGAAACACACGCGUGCCUAUCUGCAUCACCUUUACAAAACCAACGAACUACUAGGUCCUAUAUUACUAAUCAUCCACAAUCUGCAUCAUUACAUGACCUUUUUUGAGGAAAUACGUAAUAGAGUGGCUAACGACACGCUGCCGCAGCUGACUGAGCUCGUGAGGAAUCAGAAUGGCAAAUCUCAAGUAGAUUACGCCAUUUCAGCCAACACCAAAGUUAUUAGCAAGGCCACUAUGGGCAAAGGAUUCGCAGCGGUAGCUGUGUGACAUGACAUUCUAAUUAAACACAGAAAUUAGUCUAAAAAAAGCCUCUGGAUGUUUAUAUUUUAGC